AUGAAGCUGCUGGUGUUCGUAAUGUGCCUGUUCACCACCACCUUGGCUGCUCCUGUUGCGGAGAGCGAAAGCUAUGAGGAAAAAGUGAAUGCAGCACAAGCCGCGCCAGCUGAUGUUCCCCCUGCAGCUCCCGUGGCUGUUGGAGACGCAUCAGAGGAGGAGACGGAGGAUGGCGCCCCUGCCCCCAGAGCUGCAGCACCUGGUGCCCCUGCUGCCCCCCUAAACUCUGAUGAGGCAGAGGAGGCCGAGGAGGCGGAGGCAGCUGAGGCUGAACCAGCUGUGGUCGAAGAAGCACCAGCAGAGCCCGCAGCAGACCCCGCAGCAGACCCCGCAGCAGAUGUGGAACCAGCUGUGGUUGACGUGCCAGCAGACGCUGCACCAGGUGAUGCAGCUGUUGUGGAUGUGCCUCCUGUUGAUGUGGUUCCUGUUGACACGGCCCCUGCAGCCCCUGAGGUGGCGUUUGAUGUGGCUGCUGCUGAUGCUGCAGACGCCGGCGAUGCCCCGCAGGCAGCUGAGAUUGACACAACCGGAGUGGUAGCAGAUGCUGCCGCAGCGUAGUUAUCUUCCUCUUAUUACCAGUUUAGGUGCUCCUCUGUUACCAGUUACCGGGAUGGGUUUUGCUAAAGGAUGAAAAAGCUGUGGCAUAUUGAGUAGAGACUGAGGACAACAAACGAGGUGUGUUUGUAGUCGGAAUUGGACAAUUAAAAGAUGUUGUUGUGUUCUUCUUUCCGUCUUUAAUUAAAAUACUUUUUGCAGUUAUGUACUUCCAGUUAAGCUGGGAUUGAUUAGUCAUGGCCAUGCACACAGGCACCAUAACUUAUUGUGCACACACUAUAAAAAUAUAUCUCCUC